AUGCCAGCACACACACUCAAGUGGGAGUGGGGGAAAGGCUUCAAGGCACCAAAAAUGUGUAUGACUUGCCACAUCCCAAAGUACGAGGGCAUCAAGAAUGGCCCACCAGAGAAGCAGGUCAAGAAGCACAUCUGUGUCCUCCAGCCUUGCAAGAGCCUCACUUCAUGCUUGUCCCACCACUACCAGGAGUGUGUCGCCCACAGCCAAGAACUCUUGUCAUGCAAGCAGAAGCUCAAGGAUGCUGAGGAGGUUGAGCGCCAAGCUGCAGCAGAGAUGGCCCAUUGGGAGGCUGUGCAGAGGAAUCAGGAGAAGGCUGAACAUUGCCUUGAUUGUGGUAAGAUUCAAGCCUUGUUGCACUCUAUGGGUGAGGAUGCCAUGUGGGAAAUCUUCAAUGAUUCACUCUCUGAAUCAUGCAUGAAGUAUGCUAAAUGA